AUGAGCACAGGCGACAGCCGAAAGAAUUACAUUCUUGCUAACAUUCGGGAUUUCUUUGCUGCCGAUGCAUCGGAAUUAAAUCUGUCUCGCUUGGUUAAUGCUGAAUCUCUGGAAAGUUUUUUAGAUAGCCGAAAUUGCUCUGUUUUGUGUGCGUACCUUGAUGGAUCUGAAAUUUUUGUGAACAACAAAGUAGAGCCGAAGGGAUCAGGGGACCGUGUACUUGUUUUCUUCAAGCGACGACCAGAUGUCGUCACUCCAGAUAAUCUGUUAUCAGACGUUUUUGUGUCAUCAAUGGUAGAUUCACCUAUCAGUUCCUUGUACCAUGCAUUGAAAAAAGUGUUCGCACCAGUGCUGUUGCAGGAUGAACGUUGGAACCGAAAAGUGGAUCCAAAGCUGAAGCGCUUACUGGGCCAUCUGGAGACGAGUUUGGCAGCAUCUCUUCGGUCUCAGGAUGCAUCUGUUGACGAUACCCCGGAUCCUGAUGCUUUAUCAAUCAUCUUCACUCCAUCAGAUGAAUACAACUAUUGGAAAGAAAUGCAGGGCAGCCUUCCCACUCAAGACCAAAGGGCAAGAGCAGCUUUGUUUUGUGAGCUCAUGGAGCCAUUUCGGACCCUGUUCGAGCCUGGAGCGUCUUUCAGCGAAAUGAAAGACGCCUUGGAGACAUCCUUCAACAUUCUGGAUGAUGUUUGGAAACAAGAUGAUCAUUCACCCGGUUUUCCAGCGGAUAGGAUGGUCAAUCUCAUGGACAUAGUAGGCAAUACUAUGGGAAAUUUUAUUCAGACAAAAUUGCAGGAAUUGGACUUGUGGACUGGGAAACUUUCCCUGAUAGAGGAUCAAUUCUUACAGAGUAUAGAUUUGUGCGAAACGUGGAUGGAUUUAUGCCAGAAACUAACGGUCCUUUUCUGGCCCAAUUACACUCCACACCCGUGGAAAAGAGGAGUUUUUGCGCCGCCUUACCUCUUGCAUUUCUGUAAAAGACUCAACGAGAUUCUAGUUUUAAGGAGUGUUCACAGUCAAGUUCAGGAUCUUCUAACCCCAGAUGAAGCAUCUCAGAUGGGCUUAUCUGCUUCGUUAAAGCCCCUCUUAGCUCUUAACCCCCUGAAUUGCAAUCCAUAUACAGAAGUUCUGUGGGAAGCAGCCCUCGCACAGCAUGAUCAUGCCACAGCUCCUGCUAAAAAACGAGUCGCUCACAAAUUAAGAGGUCGACUCGGCACUUCUCAAGCUAAUCCUCUUCAGCUUAUUCAAGAGUUCAAGAAAUAUGAGCACCUCAUUAAGCAGCCAAUCAUCAAGGAAGAGCUUACUACUGAAAGAGAAUUGCUCUUGGGACAGUUAAUGGAGUAUAUGAAAACCGUUCAGAAAGACUUUAUGGUCCAUUCCACCAGUGCAAAAAACGACGCCACAGCUGGAAUUCUUUGUAGUCCUGAACUCAUCAAUAAUGUCACAUGGAUCAGACAACUGGACAGCAAGAUUCGAGAAGUGUCUACUUUGAGCAAAUCCAUGCUGAGUGACAUUGAUGGUUAUCAGAAUCUUGCAAGAGACAUCAAAGCGGUACUAAAUGAUUUCCAGACCUACAACAAAGAAAAGUUCGAUACAUGGUCGCAAGAAGUUAUGGAUGGUUUGCGCAACAGAAGUUUGGGGCUGGACACUGGUCGCCCUGUGAUAUUUUUGAAUGAACGAGGUCAACCGGAAGUAAGCUAUAGUCCGCGUUUGGUUACUCUGAUGCGAGAAGUUCGCCAACUGCGAGUUCUUGGUUACCCCAUUCCAGGAAAAAUCUUGGAACUGGAAGAAAAAGCAAAAAGACACUACACACAGGCUAAAACGCUACAACAAGUAGUAAACUUCUACAAGACAAUUGCUGAUCACAUGAUUCUGAGCCAGCAGCCACUCAUGUUGGAGGCAGCACGCGCCUUCACCAGGGUGGUGGACGAAAAAAAUGCUGUCACGUGGGAUGACGCACCUGGAUUGGACGCUCACAUCCGGAAACUGCAACAAGCUGUCGAAAGGCUAUCCCGAGAAAACAGGAUGUUGCGCAAACAACAUUUCGUAGUCAACGAAAUGGUGCUGAAACUAAUGAACACUGAUUUGCUAAGGCAGCAACAGCAGUGGAAAGAUGUGCUGGUUGACAUUCGUAGCAUUUUUGUUAAACUACAAGAACAGGGCUUUUCUUCGGAACAUAUGAGGCCAUGGAGGGCCCACUGGGAUCGCCAAUUGUACAAAGCAUUAGAAUACCAGUACCAACUGGGACUAGAGGUACUUAAUGAGCACCUACCCGAGAUGAAAAUAGACUUAGUGUACCGGAAUGGCAGUCUUCAGUUUCGUCCUCCUAUCGAAGAAGUUCGUGCUAAGUACUACAACCAGAUGAAAAAGUUCAUCUCUAUCCCCAUGCUCUUCCGGGGAGUGAAUGAUGUGCAAGAAAACUUAAUUUUCCCCAUUGUUAUGGACAGGAACGCCCACAGCUUCCUUGAACUCUAUAAGAAGACAGAAACCCUUUUCGCGAAUCUGGAGAGAGCAAAACUAAGAUUUCGGGACUGGGUGGUGCUUGGCUCCGUUAAUUUGGCGGAUUUCGUAAGUCAGUAUUGUCUUACGGCCGAAGAUUGGAAAAGAAAUUUCAAGCAUAUCAAAGCCAAGAGCCAGGAAUUUAGUAAGAUUACAAUAGAUGAAGAAAAAUUUGAUUGCAUCGUAGUUAAUUAUGCUCCAACCAAAGCGUAUGUGGACUACUUGAUAUCAGAACUAGAGAGUACGAUGAUUCGUUGUUUGCAGAGAUCAGUGUCUACGUCUGUGUCCUCUGUGCAAGAAUUCUUGACUGAAGCGACAGACACUCUCACCCGUCAUCCUCAGUCAGUAGAGGACAUUACUCAAGCAAAGACAAAACACCAGGAAUUCCUCAGCAGACGUGAACAGGUUUUGUUGGAAUGUAAAGAGCUAGAAGCAAAAAAUGAAUUCCUCGGAAAAUGGUCAAAACAUUCUAUGAUGGACUUGGGAAAUAUAAGAGUCUUAUGGGAAACUUUUGAGAACACUUUAUCCGACCAUCAUGAUAUUGUUGAGAGACAAAUGGAAAUCUUGAAGGCUAGCGUCUCUUCACAGCUCAAAAGCUAUCAACAAGAGGAAGAUCGCUUUGCUGCCCGCUGGUAUCAGUUCAAGCCUAAGAGCGAUCUGGAAAUAGAAGAUUCUGAGCAAAUACGUGGCAUUAUCUCUUUUUUGAAAGAGAAGCGAGCAGAGUUUGACGCGCUUUAUACCAUGAAUGAAAAUCUCUGGGCUGACAUCCGACACUUCAACCUUCCAGAGCCCACAUUCCAGAUCGAAGAUCUGAAAAAGGACUUAGAGAAAACUGAGGAAGUGUGGUUACUAUUUGAUGAAUUUCAUAACGAGAUGCAAACCUUUGCUAAGGAGGAAUGGAUUGUCUUUCGGAGCAAGAUGCAUAAUUUUGAAUCAUUCUUACAUGGAUGGGUGGACAAAAUUCGGAGUAAAGAAUCAACUGCUGAUGCUUCUGCGGUUUCCUUGAAAUUACAUCAAGAUAUCAAUGAUUACCUGGAUAUUCUACCACUGCUGAAAUAUUGUCGGGGCGAAACUUUCUCUAACCAGCAUUGGGGAGAGCUGUUCCGUCUACUAGAAAUGCCCACCGUGUCUGUAGAAGCCUUACAGUUAGGCCACUUUUUGAAAGUUAAGGCAGCAAUCAAAAGAAACAUCGAAGCGCUCAAGGCUUUGAAUGAGCGGGCCCAAGGAGAAGUGACGCUAAGAGAGGCUCUUAACGAGUUGGAUCUGUGGGGUGCUAAAACACGGUUUUCUCUUUUGGAGCAUCAGGAUUCCUCGUCUAAUACCUUAGUUCUUGUGAAAGACUGGAAGGAUCUUCUUAAUAAAGUAGGUGAAAACCAGUGCCUACUGCAGUCUUUGAAGGAUACAGCAUUCUACGAGCAUUUCAAAGACAGAGCUUCCAUAUGGGAUCAACGUUUGACUUUACUAGAUCGGUGCUUGCAUCAGCUGAACGUCAUUCAAAGGAAAUGGGUGUACCUGGAACCAAUUUUUGGUCGUGGUUCUUUACCAUCAGAAAGGACACGAUUCAUGUCUAUUUGCAAAGAAUUCAGGAUGGUAAUGGAUAGUAUCGCUCAAGACGAUCGUGUAAUCUCUCUUUUAUCUAUACCUGGUCUUCCUGGGGUCUUGGACACCUUGCAGGAUCAACUCAUGCGUUGUCAGAGGGCGCUCAACACGUUUCUGGAGGAAAAGCGCUCGGCCUUUCCUCGGUUUUACUUCUUGGGUGACGAAGACCUGUUGGAAAUCCUGGGACAAUCUACACGUGCUGCAGUAAUUCAGUCUCAUUUGAAGAAACUUUUUGCUGGCAUUCAUCGCGUGCAGUUCGACGAACAGGACGCCACUGCUAUCACCGCUAUUGUGUCAGCAGAAAAUGAAGUUGUUCCACUCAACAGGAAAGUGUCUGUCACCUCAGAUAUUGAAAUAUGGCUGCAACAAUUAGCUGACGAAAUGAAAAGCACUUUGCAGUCCUUGUUAAUGGAAUGUCUUCGAAUGAGUCGCCAAGGCGCUGGUAACAGUCUUAAUCCCCUACAAUACCCUACCCAAGUACUCUGUCUGAGCGAGCAAAUCCUGUUCGUGGAACGAUGUGAAAUGGCCAUCUCCAGGAAUUCCUUAUCCUCCUUCUUGCAAGAGCUGCAAUCUCAGCUCGAGGCAUACACGAGCAUGGAUCUUUUUCUUCCCUCUGAAAUGUCGUUGCUCAAACUCAAGCUGAAGGCUCUUGUCUUGGACAUCAUUUACGACAUAUCUGUUGUUGAAGAUCUAUUGAGGGACAAAGCGCGAAGUAAGGAAGAUUGGACGUGGCAAAGGAGGCUGAGAUUCUAUGUUAGUAGAGAUGGCAGUGUGGUCGGCCGCAUGGUAGACGCUGAGUUUGAGUACAGCUAUGAAUAUCAAGGCAUCGCUCCAAAACUAGUUCAUACACCUUUGACAGACAAGUGCUAUCUCACUCUUACUCAAGGUAUGCAUAUGGGUAUGGGUGGGAACCCGUACGGUCCUGCUGGUACUGGAAAGACAGAAUCGGUAAAAGCUCUGGGAUCUUUGUUCGGACGUCAAGUUCUGGUUUUCAACUGUGAUGAAGGCAUAGAUGUUAGGUCCAUGAGUCGCAUCUUCGUGGGGCUAGCGAAAUGCGGCACCUGGGGUUGUUUUGACGAAUUCAACCGUCUUGAAGAAUCAGUGUUGUCUGCUCUCUCCGUCCAAAUUCAGCUUAUACAGACAGCCCUCAAAAUGAAAACUCGAGAAAUUGAGCUCGAUUCCAAAAAGGUAAACAUCGAUUUCAAUGCUGGGAUCUUCAUCACUAUGAAUCCAGCUGGCAAAAAAUACGGCGGUAGACAGAAAUUGCCGGAUAACUUGAAACAGUUAUUCCGUCCAGUAGCAAUGACGAGCCCUGAUAACGACUUGAUCGCCGAGGUUAUACUUUUCUCUGAAGGGUACAAGCACUCGAAAGAGCUGGGGCGCAAAGUUGUCGCAAUUUUCUCUCUUGCAAGAGAAUUAUUAUCUCAACAACAGCACUAUGACUGGGGACUCAGAGCUUUGAAGACAGUUCUUCAGAGCUGUGGUGAGCAACUUCAAUCGAUGAAGAAAAACGCAGGCGGGAAGAAAAGCGUUGAGGUGGAUGCGGCAUUCGAGAGUGAACUAGUGGUUCGCUCCCUUCGAACUAACACACUGUCUAAGCUGACCUAUGGAGAUUGCCGCCGGUUUGAUGCUCUUAUACGAGACCUUUUUCCCGGAACCGCCUUUAAAAGCGUAAGUUAUGGAAAAUUGGAGGACGCCCUACUCGAAGCUUGCGCCAAGAUGAAGCUAGUUCUUUCCGAGAAUCAGCUCAAGAAAGUACUGGAAUUGCAUGAACAGCUACAGCAGCGGAUGGGUGUGGUACUGGUAGGACCCAGUGGGUCAGGAAAAUCCACUUUGCGCAAGAUACUAGAGAAAGCUCUUCUGAUUUUGGGCCAGCAAGUCAAGUGCUACAUCGUGAAUCCGAAAUCUAUGCCGAAACCGCAACUUCUUGGUUAUAUUGAUCUUGAUACCCGGGAAUGGCAUGAUGGAGUGCUCACUUUCAGCUCACGACAAGUGAUAAAAGAACAAGAUGGUAAGAUGUUACUGUCGUGGAUAGUGUGCGACGGUGACAUCGACCCCGAGUGGAUUGAAUCCCUCAAUUCUGUUCUGGAUGACAAUCGUCUGCUGACUAUGCCAUCAGGCGAGAGGAUUCGCUUUGGUUCUCAAGUUAAUUUCAUCUUUGAAACACACGAUCUCAGCUGUGCCUCGCCGGCCACCAUUUCUAGAAUGGGCAUCAUUUUCCUCAGUAAUGAGGAUGUGAACGUGCGAUCCUUAGUUACUGCUUGGUUACAGCUAGCGGAAGAGGACAGCCGCCUUAUUUUACAAACAUUCAUUGACGAUUUCUUCUACAGGGCUCUUGAUUGGACUCUCAAGCAGAAUGAUUUCGUAUUGGAAACCUCCCUUGUGGGGACAGUAAUGAGUGCCCUUUCUCACCUGAAGGAUGUAAAAAAUGUUCCUCAAUUCUCCAUGGCACUUGCCAGGGGCUUAGGGAACAACUUGAGAAAACCAGCCAAGGAAGCUCUUAUCAGAGAGGUGUUUUCCUGGACUGGCUGUUCUUUACCUGAUCCUAAUUAUCCUUUAAAUACUUACUACGAUGAACGCCUAGGCAGAAUGGAUACUUAUCAUUUACAGGAAAUGGAAGACGCUAGCGUACACCUGGAGGACCCAAGUUCUCUUUCAGUGGUACCAACAGAAGAUUGCCUGCGAAUGAUGGACUCACUGGCACCUUGGCUCUCCGAUUUGCAGGCGCAACCCUUCUUACUGGUGGGACCAGAUGGAUGUGGAAAAAGCACGAUCCUGCGUAGUUGUUUACGCCGCUUGGGAUCGAUUGGCUUCUCAACAGUGUCAUGUAAUGCACAAACCGGACCGCAGCAUGUACUACAGAAAUUAGGUUCUCAAUGUGCAGUGAUUGGAGCCCAAGGUGGACGCAUCUUGCGCCCUAGAGAGCACGAGCGACUCCUCCUCUAUCUAAAAGACCUUUGCCUGCCCAGAGCUGACAAAUGGGGCACCUCGCAGCUUCUUGCAUGGUUGCAACAGGUGCUGACGUACCACGGCUAUUAUGACGAAAAUGCAGAGUGGAUUUGGAUAGAAGGCAUUCAAAUCGUGGGAUCAGUAAGCAGUACCUCACUGGCCGGAAGAACUACUCUGAACGCCCGAUUCACAAGUCUCAUGCACAUCUGUGCAGUUGACUAUCCGAGCCAAGAGCAGUUGCAGAGCAUUUACCGGCGAGCAUUGAGUCCAAUUAUUAUGGAGGCAUUGCCACGGCAUCAAGUCUGGAGCAGUGCUGCAGAGAUCCGACGACUUGUUGGUUCCAUGGUGCAGCUCUUGGAAGCUAUGCGCAAUGAAUUCAGCAGUGAUGUGCACAGCCAUUGCCGAUUUACUCCUGUUGAUUUGACUCGGUGGGUAAUGUCCUUAUUUCGGCACCCUCUUUCACAAGAAGGUGAUUCUACUCCGGAUGCUCCAGAAGGCCUCUUGAGAGCAUGGGCGUAUGAAGCGGCCCGCAUUUUCCGAGACAGACUUAUAAACCAAGAGGCAAGAAACAAGUUUGAGGCUCUAAUUUUCUCCAUUUUACGCAAGGAUUGGGGUGUAUCCAUUGGAAAUGUAAACGAUGUAUACUACGUAACUGGUGGAAGCCUUUCCGGUGAUAAAAAUGGUUUUGGUAGGUCACUUGAAAAGUUGACAAGCGAGGAGUGGAUGUUAACGGUAGAGAAGAACAUCAACUUUUAUAGUCAUGAGGUACGUGAGACUGAAGCUGUGGUGUUUCGCGAAGUGCUGGAUUCAAUGGCUCAAGUGGACAGGGUAUUAUCUCAAAUGGGAGGUUCCCUCCUCCUUGUGGGACGAAGUGGGUGCGGUAGAAGACUGGCUGCCACUGUAGUAGCUCACGCUCACCAGCUACAUGUUCUUACACCAAAGAUAAAUGUCGGAUACGCCUACAAACAGUUCUGCAACGACCUGAAGACAGCUAUGCAAAUGAGUGGGAUCGAAGGUCGGGAUGUUCUUUUCUUGUUAGAAGAUCAUCAGAUUUUGGAGGAUCGAUUCCUUGAAAUGGUAGACAGCUUACUUUCAUCUGGUGAGGUGCCUGGACUCUAUACGCCCCAAGAAUUGGAGCCAUUGGUCGCUCCCCUCAAGGAUGCAGCUGCUCAAGAGGGAUUCCGAGGAUCUAUGACAAACUAUUUUGCACAAUGUGUUAGACGUCGCUUGCACGUUACCCUAGUAAUGGAUUUUACACAUCCGCAGUUCCAGUUUCGGUGUCAAAGCAAUCCUGCACUCUACAAGGCGUGUUCCAUUCUUUGGUUGGAUGAUUGGAGCGAGGAGAGCAUGUUGCAGAUUCCGAGACUGCUCAUAUCAGGCAAAGAAGAAAAGUAUGUGGACACAGAUCAAGAUGGAUUCUAUGAAAACUUUUAUCGGAUUCACAGGAAAAGUGGAAAGAAUUCAAGAUCACCCAGGAAAUAUAUUGCAUUCAUUCAAAAUUAUAGGGACAUAUUUUCUAGGAAGUGUGCCGAAAUUGAAACUCGGAAAACCCAUUUACAGGCUGGUGUUUCAAAACUUGAAGAAGCUCGUUCCUUAGUUGAUCGACUGAACUCGGAGGCCCAAGAGCAAAGUGCUUUGCUUGCUGAAAAGCAAGCAGAGGCCGAUGAGGCCUUGCGCCUUAUCACUACCAGUAUGUCGAACACAGGAGAUCAGAAAAUUGAACUGGAAAAGCUGAAGACUAAAAUUGAAGAAGAAAAUAUCAAACUCUCCAAACGUAAGAAAGACAUUGAUCUAGAAUUAAAAGAAAUCGAACCCAUCGUUCAAGAAGCAAAAGCAGCUGUAGGUAAUAUCAAGUCAGAGUCUCUGUCUGAAAUUCGAUCACUUCGAGCACCGCCUGAUGUUAUUAGAGACAUUCUCGAAGGGGUUCUCCGUCUUAUGGGAAUUUUUGAUACAUCAUGGGUUAGUAUGAAAAGCUUUCUUUCAAAACGAGGAGUGAAGGAAGAAAUACUGGCCUUCGAUGCCCGCAACAUCUCUCCGGAAAUCAGGGAAAGUGUGGAGAAGUUGCUUAAGAAAAAUGCAGAAUCUUUUGAUUCGAAGAAUGCCAAACGAGCAUCUGCCGCCGCUGCUCCCCUUGCUGCUUGGGUAAAAGCCAAUGUUAUCUACUCACGUGUAUUGGAGAAAAUAAAACCUUUAGAGAAGGAGCAGGGAAAGCUUAAACAUAACUUAGCUUCGACUGAGAAACGCAUUACAAAGCUAAGUUCGGCAUUGGUGGAUGUCGAGGAGGAGGUCUCCGUGCUGAGAGAUCGUUUGAACAAAUUCACGAAAGAGGCAGCUCAGAUUGAGAUUAAUCUAAAGAAGGCGAACGAAACCAUCGCUUCAGCCCAGUCACUUGUUACCAAGCUCGAGGACGAAUACAGCAGAUGGACUUUGCAGCUUCAAGAAAUUGACCAGCAGCAGAGUGAAUUGCCAUUGAAGACACUCUUAGCGGCUGCGUUUGUCACCUAUCUGUGUGGAGAACCGGAAGACAAACGGAGGUCAGUGAUUUUAUCGUGGUGCAAGGAUUUUGGAGUAAAGAGGUUUUCUCUGGAACAGGUCCUCAGUUCUGAAAGAGAACAGCUCAUUUGGAAGAACGAAGGUCUGCCUUCUGAUGCUUUAUCAAUUGAGAACGCCAUCUGCAUUUUACAGAAUUCAUUAAUCCCUUUCUUAAUCGAUCCCUCUUCUCGAGCGACAGAGUGGCUCAAGAACCAUAUGUCGAAUUCCCAGCUGGAAGUCGUGAGCCCUCACGACGCCACUUUUGUGACUUCUGUGGAGAUGUCUGUUCGGUUUGGGAAGACUCUGCUCAUUCGGGAUGUGGAUGCUAUCCAUCCGAUGCUUUUCCCUCUUCUACGUAGGGAUCUUGUCAAUCAAGGUCCAAGAUAUGUGGUGCAAAUUGGUGAGAAAACGGUGGAUUACAAUAUGCACUUCAAACUGUUUCUAGUCACAAAAUAUUCAGAAAUCGAGUUACCUCCCAACUUUCGUGCUGUUCUCUCAACUGUAAAUUUCAGCACCACUAGGGCAGGACUCACUGGACAGCUCUUAGCAGCGGUAUUGCAGAAGGAGAAGCCAGAAUUAGAAUUGAGACGCUCGGAACUGCUUCGUCGCGAGGAAGAGAUGAAGUUGCAGAUGACACAAUUGGAGGAAUCCCUUCUUCAGGAAUUGGCCUCAGCUCGAGGUAAUAUCUUAGAAAACGAAGAACUGAUCGCAUCGCUCAACAAGACGAAAAGCAGCAGCAAUGAGCUAGCAGCUGGCCUUAGAGAAUCACGGGAGCUACAAACCUCGCUGGAAGAGGAGAGAAAAGUGUAUCUUCCUCUGGCAGAGUUUGGAAGUUGCUUGUAUUUCCUUAUACGUGAGCUUCGAAAAUUGAACAACAUGUACUGUUUCAGUUUGACAUCUUUCUUCAAUUUGUUUCACUCUACACUGGAAGCUCCAAUGAGCACUCGUAGCAGUGGUAACAAGAUCCAGGAUCUCAUCAAAACGUUGCAAAAUAUCACGUACGAAUCCGUCUCUAGAUCUCUUUUCAAGGCCGAUCGUCUAACGUUUGCUCUGCAUCUUGUACACGGUAUCUUUCCCAGGCUCUUUGAAGAACAGGAGUGGGAGGCUUUUACUGGUAUCUUGUUGACGGAAACCAAGUUUGAUCCGGAAGAACUAAAAGCGUCAUUGCCAGGGUGGUUGGAAGAAGACAGAGCCCUCUCAGUUGCUUUGCUCAAAGCAACAUUUCCUCAAUUAUUUAGCGUGCUGCAGUUGCAAGACUCCCGUUUAUGGGAAGGCUUCGCAAAAAGCAUUCGUUGUGAAGAAUCUUUCCCUUCUUCCAUCCACUCCAAGAUCAGCCUUUUCCAACAACUGUUGUGUGUGCAAGCUUUGCGUCCUGACCGUCUCCAAAGUGCGGCUGCCCUGUUUGCAUCCAGAGCUCUUGGACUAGAAGAGCUAUUUCCGCAGGCAGUGAAACUGAAGAACCUCCUCAGCCCUCGUAAUACAGAACCAAUUCUGAUCAUAUUGUCAACCGGAGUGGAUCCUUCCCAAGAGUUGUAUGAGCUGGCAUCUUCUGUUGUCGGUUCAGAGAAUUACUUGCAGGUAUCCAUGGGACAAGGUCAGUUGGAGGUGGCCAUCGAAAACUUGCGUUCUUGUGCCAGUGAGGGUCGGUGGCUAUGCCUAAAGAAUCUCCACUUAGUGACGCACUGGCUUCCCAAUUUGCUCAAGGUGUUCUCUAGCUUAACACCAUCUUCAAAAUUCCGUUUAUGGCUAACUUCUGAGGUCCAUCCUAAUUUCUCUCCUGUAUUCCUCGAAAUGUGUAUUAAGGUCACUUAUGAGGCACCACCCGGAAUUCGGCGGAACAUGAUGCGAAGUUACGAUUCGUGGUCUCCAUCUUUCUUGUCAAAAGGAGGUAGCGCUCUUCGCUCGAAAACACUUUUCGUACUCGCGUGGUUCCACGCCCUUAUCCAAGAAAGACGAACCUUAUAUCCCGCAGGUAAAUGUCCUUUUUGCAUGGGAUGGACAAAGUUUUAUGAGUUCAGUUCUGCUGAUUUACGAGUAGCUACUGAUGUCAUUGACCGAAUAUGCGGGAGUUCAGAUCAAGGCAUCAUGUGGGAACAUGUACGAGGACUCUUUGAAACGGCUGUUUAUGGGGGCAGGAUUGACGACUCAUUUGAUUUAAGAGUCCUCUCUUCCUAUCUCAAAGAAUUUUUCGACCAAAAGACAAUGACUGGACGAAAACUAGCUGGUGGAGCCCUUGUCAUGCCUACAUCUGUAGACUACAAGGAGCAUUUGCAGGCUGUGCGCAGUUUGCCAGAUUCUGACGAUCCGGAAUUAUUCGGACUGCCUCGCAAUAUCGAACGGUCAGCUCAGUGUAACGCUAGUCGACGGAUGAUCGAGCAAUUGAAGAAACUGCUGAGGCCUACUGAGAUCGCCGACAGAUUCGAUGUCCGCCGGUGGAAUGCGGAACUUUCUCCAAUAUUGGUCCUCUGGAAAAAACUCAACCAGGGUUCACAACUGAUCCAUCUGCAGCUUCAAGGUUCUAAUGACGAGGGUGGUGGUGAAGAUGAAGAUACACCACCUGUAUUAUCUUUUAUUCGUCAAGAGUAUCGGUCUGGUGUACGGUUGUUGCAAACUGUCCAUGCUUCCCUUGCUUCGAUUAGCAAGGUCAUUCGGGGAGCCAUUCUGCUUACUGAUGAAAUCCAUCGAUUGGCUACAUCACUUCUCAAGCACGAGACUCCUAUGGCUUGGCAGCGUCGUUGGGAAGGACCCGAGGACCCACUUUCCUAUUUACGGGCCACUGUGCGCCGUGCGACAGCCCUGGCUCAAAAUUGGCUUCCCGAGGCGGAAGCCGGUGAUUUAUUACAGAGCGGUCUCGAUCUCUCCCAUCUUUUUCACCCAGAUACCUUUCUCAAUGCUCUACGGCAGCAGACUGCGAGAGAAUGCAAAGUGUCCAUGGAUAAUUUAAAAUUUGUCUGCAACUGGAAAGGAAAGAUCUCCCAGUCCAAGAUCAGCGUCACAAUCACUGGCAUCUACUUGGAAGGGUGCCUUUUCGACGGACACCAACUUUCGGAGUGCCAACAUGAUUCUGCGGUUGUGUCUUUAGUACCAACUUUUGCCGCUGCAUGGAUACCGAAAGAUUUUCCCUCUUCGUACCGGGAAGACGAGAUGAUAUCUAUGCCCAUUUACUUCACUUCCGAUCGUGAGCGAAUUGUCACUUGCAUCAGUUUACCAUGUGGGGGAGAGCAAGAUCGAUGGGUGCAAUCUGGGGCUGCACUCUUUCUCAAAAACAGCUGAAGCUUUG